UCCGAUUCAUAUCUGUUGGAUAUAGGAGAAGUAAAACAGUCUCAUCGAUCUGCGGACUGGGUUGGCUCGGUUAAAAAUUUCCCCCUCCCAUAGAAACCUUAGCGUGUGCGUGUAUGCUCAUCAGGCCCCGUUGUGAACAUCGGCAGGAGAAAAAGUCAGACGCCGUGAACGAAAAUGAACGAGAGUGAAAGCGGCUCCCCGCUGGAGGAGUAUGAUUUUGAGCGACGGUUCGACGAAAGGGAGGCUUUGGAGUGGAUGCAAGAAAACUGGAGCAAGUCCUUCAUGUUCUGUGGCCUGUAUGCUGCGCUCAUAUUUGGGGGCCAGCACUUCAUGAGGGAGAGGCCAAAGCUGAACCUGCGUCGGCCGCUGGUGCUGUGGUCUCUUAGCCUGGCCAUCUUCAGUAUCAUUGGAGCAAUAAGGACCGGCUGGUACAUGACGCACGUCCUCACCACCAGUGGCUUUAGACAGUCAGUGUGUGACACCAGCUUCUACAGCGCCCCCGUCAGCAAGUUCUGGGCCUACGCCUUUGUCCUCAGCAAGGCCCCAGAGCUGGGCGACACGGUGUUCAUCGUACUCCGUAAGCAGCGCCUCAUCUUCCUCCACUGGUAUCACCACAUCACCGUGCUGCUGUACUCCUGGUACUCCUACAAGGACCAGGUGGCAGGUGGGGGCUGGUUCAUGACCAUGAAUUACAUUGUGCAUGCUCUCAUGUACACGUACUACGCCACCCGGGCGGCCGGCCUGCGAGUACCCCGUCUCUGUGCCAUGGUCAUCACGGCCACCCAGAUCAUGCAGAUGGUGAUGGGCCUGGCCGUCCUAGGCCUGGUGUACCGCUGGAUGCACGAGGUGCGCUGUCCGUCCUAUGUCGACAACAUCGUGUGGGGAUCUCUAAUGUACCUCAGCUACCUGGUCCUCUUUGCCUCUUUCUUCUACAACACCUACCUCAAGGGCUCUUCUGGGGACAAAGGAUCCAAGGCUGAGUAG